GGCAGCCCCAGCGCAGUAGGAACCCAUUCUACACACGCCUAAAAUGACUACCGUUUCACUGGACGGAGGACAGACUUUAUCAGACCCAGCUGGCUGGACUGUGUGAUUGUAUAAAAUAACAUUACCUGCCCAUCACUGAUUAGACAGCCAUCAAUAGUUGCACGCAGAAAGCUAAAGGGUCACUGGAAGACUACAGGCAUUGAUUGGAUAACUUUUUCCGCAAACACAGUGGCAUCAGACCAGCUACAGACGGUCAUUGAACACUGUAAACACGCUGAGAGGCAGCAACUGUCUCAAGAAGAUAAGACGAAACAGAGAAUGAAAAAGGGAGGGUGUGAAACUACAAGCUGUACAGCUGGCCUUCUAUCAAGGACAGGGCCAGCAGCAGCAGGCUCAGGGAGGACCUCAAAAUGAUGGACAGAGAGGAAGAGGUAGAGGGAGACAAGGAAGGGGAGACAGUGCUGAAGGACGGGCUUGACAACAGACACCACAGAUAAUAGCUUUACCUGCUAUAUCUGUGGACCGGAGGGACAUUUCACCAGAACAUGUCGAAGCAAACCUACCAAACGGGGUAGGGGGGGGGCUGGAAAACUGGACCACCGCCGAAAAUGACCUUUUACAACCCACAUAUGGCUGACGCGAGGUAGUGACAGUUGACACUCUUGGACAGCAUUUCAAGAUUUUUUCAAGCCCCUGUGAGGAGUCAAUGGUUUGUCUCUUCGUCAGUGAUGAGUCAAUCAAUUUUCCGGUAGAUACUGGCGCUGCAAUGUCUGUCAUAAAUUCAAAAUCUAUGUCCAAACCUCCCAUGUGAAAUGAAUCAGUCAGCACUGUGGGAGCCUCAGGAGUGACUAUGAAAGAGUUGUUCACGAUGCCCCUACCUGUUAAAGGUUGACGACAUGCAUAAAACAUCAAUUCAUUUCUUCUGCAUGUUGCCCUGUAAAUUUAGCAGGAAGAGAUCUUCUCUGUAAGUUGGGAAUUAACAUUCUUUGUAAAGAAAAGGGCCUCACUGUUAUACAGCCUCAGGGGACAUGCCAUCUCAUGACGCUGUCUAACUGGCCCAACGUGUGAUUGGUAUGCAUGGGACAUAUAGCACAAUGACGGAUCACAUUGUGACCCAAUUGAAGAGAUUUUAUCAACAGCUGUUGGAAACAAACUGGUAGUUUUAUGCCACAGACUGACUUACAUUGCACCACUGACGAGAGAUUUAUAUUAUGAACAGAACUGGCUGACAGGAACUACACCCCAAGAGAACUUACUAUGCAGUGACAUGAAUAGUGGGCCCCAAUUUUGCGCUCUUAGUGUGAAGAUGUCUAAAGAACAGGCUUUAUUUUAUAUUUUUAGUGACAGGGUACCACAUGUUUCAGCAGCUAAGGCUACUGUUAUAGCCUCGCUACUGUUAUUUUAUUUCUUUACUUACCUGUUAUUCACCUAAUACCUUUUUUGCACUGUUGGUUAGAGCCUGUAAGUAAGCAUUUCACUGUAAAGUCUACACCUGUUGUAUUCGGCGCACGUGACAAAUAAACUUUGAUUUGAUUUGACAGAUGACGUUGCCUGGGAGGAUACUGGUGUCUGGUUGAAAUCUGUCUUGCAGGUUACUGACUGGGAAGUUAGAGCGGAUGGGUCUAAAUUCUCCACGAGCACACAUUAUGUGUGCCUUACUGUUGGGUUGCUGCUUUACAGCGAGGUGUGCAUGGUUUGAUAAUGCAAAACCAAAUAAACAGAUGGUUUCCAUGGAGACUGAGUCACCCUUGUUGGCUGUUCUCCCAGACUCUCUGUGGGAUAAAGAUAAGUAUGACAUUGGGCAAAUGAGGGGGGUGAAACCGCUUACGUCACACCUGAGACCACACAGACCAGGCCGAGCCCAGUAUCCUCCGAGUCAGGAGGCAGUGUGGGAGAUUGCCCCUGUUCAUGCUUCAUUGGUAGAAAGGGGAGCAAUGGUGCCUUGUCCACACUCUCCAUGCAACACCCCCAUUCUUCCUGCCCAAAAAGCUUCAGAUGCCUGAUGCCACGGACUAUGGAGAGCCAGAUCACCAUGGAGAAGACGCCCAGCUACUUUGUAACGAGGGAGACACCUCGCCGGAUCUCCGCCAUGUCCCGGGACACCAAGCUGAUCGUGGUGGUGCGCGACCCUGUCACCCGGGUCAUCUCUGACUACACACAGACCCUGUCCAAGACACCUGACCUUCCCAGCUUCCAGGAUCUGGCCUUCCAGAACCAGAGUUUAGGAUUGGUUGACACGUCUUGGAACGCCAUCCGCAUUGGCAUGUACGCUCUGCACCUGGAAAACUGGCUCCGCUACUUCCCCCUGUCCCAGAUCCACUUCGUCAACGGGGAGCGGCUCAUCACGGACCCGGCUGGAGAACUGGCGCGGGUGCAGGACUUCCUGGGUCUGAAACGCAUCGUCACGGACAAACAUUUCUACUUCAACAGGACCAAAGGCUUCCCCUGCCUGAAGAAACCAGAGAGCAGCAGCUCACCCCGCUGCCUGGGCAAGUCUAAAGGUAGAACCCACAUUCAGAUAGAUCACGACACUAUCGAGCAGCUACGGGACUUCUACAGGCCAUACAAUGUCAAGUUUUACGAAAUGGUGGGUCAUGAUUUUAGAUGGGAAUAGAGAUUUGUGGGGAGAUCCGCAGUUUACAAGUGGCACAAGGAGAGACAAGAUGUCAUCCAUGAAUGUACGCACAGUUGAAAUGUUUUUUUGGUGUGGUUAUAUGGACCUCCUAUUUGGCUGUUGGUAAGAGUGUGGCUCUAGCUAAGUCGUGGAUCCAAGUCUUGAAGGGAUCACAUACACAUAUUUAAAAAAUAUGUACAGUGCAUUCGGAAAGUAUUCAGACCACUUCCAACAGGACAACGACCCUAAGUACUGAGUAAAGGAUCUGAAUACUUAAUUAAAUGUGAUAUUUCAAUUGAAAUGUUUUUAUAAAUUAGCCAAAUUGUAAAAAAAAUAGUUUUUUGCUUUGUCAUUAUGGGGUACAGUGUGUAGAUUGAUGAGGGGGAAAAAAAACAUUUCAUCCAUUUUAGAAUAAGGCUGUAACGUAACAAAAUGUGGAAAAAGUGAAGGGGUGUAAAUACUUUCCGAAUGCACUGUACUUACUGUCCUGUUAGUCGCUUUAGAUAAGUGUCCGCUAAAGUUUUGAAAAUCUCCUGGCCUUUUCCUGCUGACUAGCUUUCCUCUGUUGCCGACUAAUGUAUAAAAUGAGCAAAUGUCAUGGGAUAGAUGUAACUCCCCUCACUAAUCCCAAGACCAUGGAAAAUGUGAGCAUCAUCUUCAGAGAGGGAUAUUAUUGUAAAAGAUAAAUAGCACUCUGGGCUUGAACUCAAACUGAAGUAGGAGCUGGGAAGCCUCUGUCGAUUCAUGUAUACACUGAAAAACGUUCUUGCUGUUUUGACAGUAUUAUAAAAUAAAACUAACAGUAAAGUACCAUAUUAAUUAUUUACAGUAAAUUGCCAUGAAUGGCAGUGCACUCUGGGUGAUUUUAAGCGUAAACAGUAAAUGAUACUGUAAAUUACAAAGAAACUUUGCUUUAACAGUACAUUACUGUAAGCACACAGCAUUGAGGUUCUGGAGUGAACCUAUAAAACAAGAUGUGUACUAAAUGUAUAUGAUUUACUAAAUUAAGUACACCUACUAUUACACUGUAAUGAAAACAAUUGAUUCAUGUGGUAAAUAUGUACAUUAAUCAAGAAUAAAAUACUGUGAAGCAUUAUACUGCAGCAGACUGUAAAUUAUGGUGCAUUGUGAGAAAAUAUUUUGGGCGGGGAAAGAAUUGCUGUAUUUCGAGUGGUACUGUAAUUCCACCCCAGAGAAUACAGUACCGUACUUUUGGAGCACCAAAAACCUUUUGACCACUAGUGGUUGCGUCGUAUUGUUUUUUCUGGCUCAUUGAUAUAUUUUGAAGCGUGCCUUGUAAGAAGCUGCAUUUGGCCACCCGUUACUGAGAGUGCUGCACCAAUUUCACUGAUAGUAGUGCCCCAACAAUUAAAUGUGUAUAGGGGACCUAUUGGAAUGGCAACUAGUCUCAAACCUUUAAUGGUUGAGUAUUUACCAUGUCCUUUGGUCUCUUUUGCCCUGUAGACACUGACAGUUUAGAAGCAUUUGUUAAGGACUCUAAAAGUGCAAGUGAUAUAAAAUACAAAAAUGGUGUAUUUUAUAUCACUUACACUUCUAGAGGCCUUAAUAAAGAUUUCCGAACUACCAUUCAUUGAUAUGCUGUAAUAUGCAAACACAUUACCUAGCAGCCAACCUGCUUGCACCAAGCCCAUGUAAUUAUGGUAAAAUACUGUAAAAUACAAACCCCAUCUCCCCUCAAUGAAUUUAAAUAAUUAAUCUAUUCAUUAAUUGAUUCAUUACAAUUACCGUAAAACAUAUUACAGUAAUGCACUGUACUGUUGUUUUACAGUAACUUACAGGCAGCCAGUUGUCUGUAAGUUACCAUAAAACAAUGGUAAAAGAUUACAGUAUCAGUAUUGGAUACCGUGACAUACAGUAUAGUAACAUACUGUAAGUAAGUAACCUGUAAGUUACCGUAAAAACAACAGGAAAGAUUUUACAGUGUACAGCAAAGCUCACAAUGUGACUGCAAUAGCACAAAAGCAUCAUAUUUCCCAAUCAUUUGUUUAGGAUUUUAGCUGUGGACUAAAUGAGCAAUUAACCAGUUUCAUUUCAUGGAUAAGAAUGAUGUAACAUGUAACACUUAGCUUCUGCUUUUGAUGAUGCAAGGUCCCUUUUCAUGUUUCAAUAAAAAAAUUACUUAAGAAAUAUAUAAUCCCCCAAUCCCCGCAAGAUCAAAUCAGAUCAAUACUUUAUGAGCCCUUCUCUGUCAGUGAAGGUCACCUCUAAUACAGUGGCCUCACUUCUGUUUGAAUUUAGACAUUUCGCCCUUUUCCCAAGGUAACCCAUACACACUUUUUUUCUCUUGCCUUUUACGAUCUUACUCACAUCAAUCUCCUCUAAAUUAAAAGGUUGAUGUCACAAUUGAAAAGUGAAGUGUUUGGCCGUACCAUCACAGCUACACAGUCCAUUUGGACAAAUCAUUUCAGCUCAUCAGACUACAGAAGUUAGAUUUUUGAUUGUCCUUUUUUCGUGAAUUGCGUGAAUAAAUAUCUUUCUUAUUAUUUAUGACUCUUUGCCAUCAUAGAAUUUCCACAAAUUGUUGAGUUGUGUUUAGUAGUGAUGGAAUAUCCUUGUUGGGUACAGAAUUACAAUAGCUUUUCAAAGACAAAGGAGGGAGCGCCUAGUUGUGGCAGGUUGUCAAAUUGAUUUGGGGACCACUUGGAUCCCACUUGUCACAUGAUUGUAUUGAAGAAGUUUGGUUUUGGAUGCAUGCUUGGAAUGCUGAAACCAGGCUGUCUAGGCGUGUGCCUCAGGCUUACAAAACAAGUGUCACAAUUCUGAAGUGAAGAAAUGAGUUGCCUGUAUUUUUAAUAGGAAACAUUAUCAGCACUUAUCUAAAUGGGGCAAUACAUGUUUUACAAUUAUGAUAGCUUAUUCUAGACUAGAGGAAAUUCAGUAUGUACAGUACAUAUACUUUUGCUGUAUCUGUUGGUCAUGAGUCAUGACUCAUGAAAGAGAAUGAAAUGGCUUACGGAUUGAUGUUAUGUUCAGAUAUUUUACAAUAUCCGUAUGCAAUGAAAGCCUUACCUACCAACAUUUGUGCAUUAAAAGUGAAGCUUAGACCCUACAAAUGGAAUCAAGAGAAAGCCUGAGCUCUAACCAAAUGAAGCGGUUCUCAUUUCUUUGCGUGACAUAGCCACGGUAGCUCACCAUUACUCAAAGAACUGUUGGAGAGGAAUUUAGAACACGUGUUCAUUGUCCAGAGGAAAGUAGGACGGCCAGCACCCUCGUGCCAUCGAGUUACCUCGUAGCUCUACUGUUAUUUAACAGUUACCGGGCUUCAAACCAGAGAUCCUGUUCAUUUACCUUCAUUCAUUAACCAUGACUCUCUCUCUCUUCCAGACAUACUAGUGUGCCAUGGGGAAUUUCAAGAGCUGUAAAUAACCACUCAGUAAAAACAGAGAAGGACCAUCAUAAAUGUGUUAAUGCUAGACUAGAGAGCACAGAGGAGAAUGGUUGAAGAAAGACUACUUGUUCUUUACAUAUCCCCUGUUCUCUCUCUCUUUCUCUUUCUCGCUCUCCCAAAUCCGAACAAGCUGUACUGUCUUGACAGAAGUGAUUAAAUGUUGCCAAAGCCACAUUCUGUCUUUCUCGCUCUCUUUC